AGUUUCUCACGAGAUACUGAAUGCUGCGGGCGUCCGUGCCGCCAUUACGCCUCUUGCAUUCGAUUUCGCGCCAACUUUGUAUUUCAAAAGUUUAUAUUUUCGAAAAUGGAACUGUUGUUUCUCUAAAAUUAAGUAUUAAUCCUAUGACGUAAUUCGAUUGUGAAGUUUCUGUCAUCCUGAAUAAAUUUCAGUUUACAUCAACGCAACACUUUUUUGUAUUGUGAUUGUAAUCUGUGUUUUUUAGACAGAUUCACUUGAAAAGAAGAAUAAGCAGAUAGAUAGACGAUAGAUGAAGAGUGAGAUCGAUCAAGAAUGCCUCCGGAGGUGACCUAACGUCGCUCCAAUGAAUGAACCCUGCUGGAUAUGACGAAUUCCACCUACAGCCUACAAGACUUAAAUUGUCGAUUAGUACCAGGCGUCGGAUGCGGCAACUCCACAUAUUUGGGCUUUAACUGCCACGGUGGAUACACAGACACCUUAACUGAUUUCACCUGCGAUUUAAAUCUCGAUAUCCAGAAUGAGACAGUAUACAGCUGCCAUUCAUGCCUCAAUGAUACUCUGGGCUUUGCUAACAGUACUUUAUGCCACGCUGGACUCCAGUUGAAUUUGGUAACGGCUAUAUUUGAAAGUGCAUUAAAAACUAUGUGGUUGAGAUUACCCAUUACGGACUUCUGUGAAUGGGACUCAUUGUAUUGCUUCAGUAAUGGGUUCAACCGAACGUUAAUCGUGAAAGACGGAUCAGUCAGCAGUAUUGAAGCUUAUCAGUGUAGCUGGAAUUUUAGAAACAAUACUGGUGAUGUUAUCGGACCUAAGAACUAUGAUUGGAGUUUCUUGUUUGUAAUAUUGUUCAUAGUGGCCGGUGGUGUUGGGAACAUUCUGGUAUGUUUGGCUGUGUGCUUAGAUAAACGAUUGCAGAACGUGACGAACUAUUUCCUGCUGUCACUCGCGAUCGCUGACUUGCUUGUCAGUUUGUUUGUGAUGCCAAUGGGUGCGAUUCCUGGAUUUCUAGGUUAUUGGCCGCUGGGUGUGGUGUGGUGUAACGUGUACGUGACCUGUGAUGUACUCGCCUGCUCCGCCAGCAUCAUGCACAUGUGUUUCAUCAGUAUCGGCAGGUACCUCGGCAUCCGGAAUCCAUUGAAGAGUCGUCAUCAUUCCACAAAGAGGGUUGUGGUCAUAAAAAUAGCUCUGGUAUGGCUCCUCAGCAUGUUUGUGUCAAGUUCUAUAACAGUUUUAGGUCUUAUCAACAAAACGAAUAUCAUGCCAACUCCGGAGCUGUGCGUGAUCAACAAUAGACUGUUCUGGAUCUUUGGGUCGCUGGUGGCGUUCUACAUUCCUAUGCUGACGAUGGUGGUCUCUUUCGCACUAACAGUUCAGCUUUUGAAGAGGCAGGCGAGAUUGGCGGCGACGCCUGUACCUGGCGGUACGCAAAGAAGGCAAUGUGGUGGAUUUGAUAAUGUGCCAAUGCAAGGAGUAAGAAGAAUUGGAGCCAGAAGUUCGCCCGAUUUGUCCCCUAGCACCUCGGUUUCAAGACAGCUGACUUGGAGAGUUACAAGUGCUACUAGGGCGCAGCGUAACAAGAUCGGCGUGAGCGUGUCCCAUCCCCAGCUGAGUUAUAUGAAUGGUUGUGGAGCAGGUGGGCCGAAUCAGAGGAGAGGGCGUGAUGUCGCCACGCAGACACCGCCUAGCAUCGCAGCUGAGACUAGGAGAGCUAGGCUUAUGCCUAUCAAAAUAAAUUUGGCUACGUCGAAUGCACUGACGUUGCGGUUCUUAGCAAACCGUAAGAAAGGCAGGUCUCUUUCGGCGAACGCGGUAGCGAACGAGCAAAAAGCAACCAAAGUGCUCGGUUUGGUCUUCUUCACGUUCGUGUUAUGCUGGGCUCCGUUCUUUCUACUGAACAUGCUGUUUGCGUCAUGUCCUGCAUGUAUAGUGCCAGAGCACGUGGUGGACAUUUGCCUGUGGCUGGGCUACGUAUCAUCAACUAUCAACCCCAUCAUUUACACAGUUUUCAACAGAACCUUCAGAGGGGCCUUCUUGAGGCUAUUGAGGUGCCAUUGCAACAGACGUGGCAGAUGUACAAGAUACCGCUCAGGAGGCUCAACACGCGGUGCAUCACAACUCUGCGCAAGAUCGGCUCUGCCUCUCGCAUCUCUCUCCGAUCUUCAGCCAUGCCCACCAAUUCCCCAGGAAAUCAUGAAACCACCGAAACUGUGUUAAUGGAAACGCCUAUGACAGACUAUAAUGUACGAUAUUAAAGACACUGCGACUUUGUGAUUUAAGCGACUAGUUUUAAGGUUUAGAGUUCUCUGUCAUAACGUCUGCAAAUAUCUUUUGUAUAUAUUGUCAGCACCCACCGAUUGAAAUUGUCUUUUAGAAUAGAAUUUCUAUUUUGACACAGAAAAGUGACACAAUUUAUAGAACACUUUUCAAAACAGUGAAAUUGUUUGUUAAUUUAUAGAUGAUUUUAAAAGUAGAUUAAAUGGAAAUAUGCGUAUCGCUUUUCUAAGUCAAUUCGAGUAUGAAACGAAGGAGUCUGGUCAGUAAAUACAUUUGAGGAAUAAAAUGAAUUGCUGCUAUAAUGCCAUGUUCUCUUACUUUAAUCCACCACGUAUUUUGAGAUUCAGUGGCACGAGCCUUAUUACCAGUUGGUUUUGCCGAUAAAUUUUAUAAAUUAAUCAAGUGCUUAUUUGUGUCCUUGAUAUAUAAUUUUGAGCUAUCACUGUUACCACAACAUGACAGAAAUAAAGAUCAUCAGAGAAGUCAACAAGUUCCACUUGCAUUGGGACUUUCAGCUUGCCGCAAAGACCAAUAAGCUACUAACGUAAAUGAGCCCCUGAGUAAAUCGACAUUCUAUUGAAUUUCAUAAUGUAGUCGUUUUUUAUUUACAAUAGUGUAAGAUAUUACAUUAAAGGGUAGAGGUAUUUCUUACAAUUUUCUAUUAGCGUAAUAAAUAAAACUUUAAAACCGUAUAUUUCAUUACAUAAUUGAAACGCCUACAGAUUUAGCUAAAGCUGAUCAGUUGCUCCAAUAAUAGUUUCAUUGCGAUCUUUGGUUCUAUAAACGCGACGGAAUCCCUAAUUAGUUCUAUAGCGAUUUCGCCUUUUACCAUUAUCAUUAAUGUGGACUUCGGCGAAGAGGUGGGCGAAUAAAUGGACGUUUUCCAGGAUAACCUAUAUUUUUCACAAUUUCUUUUAUACUGACAUAUGAACAAAUCGCACUCUUUCUUUCUUAAAACUCGCCAUCUUUUCUUUUUUUUUCUCUUUAAUUCACACACCUUGCCUCUCUUUCAUCCAUCGUCUUACGUUCCAUUUCCCACAUUAAUAACUCCCCGAUUUCGUCAUAUAUUUUUUUUAAUUUAUAAGAAUUUUUGUACAUACGCAUAUCACCAUUAUGAGUUAGUUACAUAUUUAAACCAAUAAUAAUAGUAUUCAAGGGUAUUUUAUAUUUUGUUUGAAUAAAUAUUCAUCUGUCAAACAUUCAUAAACACAUAUGAGGCAGUCAAUUUGUCAUUUUUAAUUGCCAGUUAAUUUGUUUGUCCGUCAGGUAGAGUGUUAAAAAAUAUUAAAUACGUAUUUUUUAUUUUUUUUUCAUAAUCAUAAAAUUACGGCGUUACAUUGAGUUGAAAUUUCGCAUGACGUCACGUUAGGGUACGUUUUCUACUCAACUGUGACGUAGCGAGCCCCCACUCCUCAACUUUAAUACCUGUUAUCUAAGCCAUUUCUUGUUAAAUUGAAGUAAAAAAAAUACGUAUCUAAUAUUUUUCUAUUAUCUGACUGACGGACUAAAUAGAAUUGCAUUUUUUUUUACCCAGUCAUCAUCCCUAUUGUUUAUAUUUUUUUAUUCAAAUAAAAACAGAUAAAGAGAAAAAGAGACAUUUAUGAAAAUAGUUGUUAUAUUAACAUAAUAAAAGGGAGAAUAUAUUAGUUUAAAACAAUACGUUGUGCAUAUUUGAGUGUGAAAUAUAAUUUCUAGAAUUAAUAUGACAAAUAAAUAAAUUUUCGUCAUUGAUUAGAAUGUGCCGUAAAAUUAUCACCGUGUGAUGGCUUAAUAUAAAUUUAGCUAAUAAAAAUUAAUAAUUUAUUUAUUGAUUUGAAAUUGUGAUGAAACAAAAAAAACCUGAUAGAUUAUAUCUUGUUAGUAUUAUAUAAACGUGUAUGAUUCAUUUUAGUUAGUAAUCAGACAUUUAUUUGUUCAUUAUAAUAAGCACUUAAAAAUAAAUUACUCAUACAAUUCUUUAAAUAAAUAAUUUGUAUUUAAUAUUAUGUUCACUUUGUCCGAUUGUUUUUAUUUGUGUAUUAUGAUGUAAUAAUGUAGAAAUACACAUUAUUUUCAAAUAAAAAUCUUGUUUCAAUAUUUUGUACGGUGUUACGUG